UUUGGAGCUUAGAAGGUGGCACAGUUGCAAGGGAAGAAAAUGUUCUGAAAAUUGUAUAGGUAAUUCCAAAUGACCUUUACAUUAAGUCAUCAUGGCGAUAAUUAUUAGGUAUUUUGACGUCGGUUGAUGCAAGGGAUGGAAAAAGAUAUUUAAGGUAUCUAAUGAUUAUUCAGUACCUAUUCAUCUGGAUUAAGCAGGAUACCCUGGAAUCUGGCUCCGAACAUCCAGAUUCCACCGAUGAGGAGGACUUUCCGUUCUCGGACAUCCUGGGGCGCGGCGGUGACCUGCUGAAGGGGGUCGUCGUUUACACCAUCGACCCAUUCGCUGCCAGAAGAAGAGGGGGUUGGAGGCCGGUGCCCUCGGGCCCGUCACCGGCUGUAGCCUCUGCUCGGCUCACAAAGGGGUCAGUCGGGGCCGAUCGGAAGACAAAGGUCACGGCCAGGUCACGGGACGGCCUGUUCAGCUGUCACGGCCGUGAGCCCGGCUACUAUCCGGUGCGACAGUCCGGCUGCCAGGUGUACUACCACUGUACCGCGGACGGCAGCAAGUUCCAGUACCGCUGCGGAGGCGGCACUGCCUUCAAUAUCGCAGACGAAGGUGUGCGACCACAUCUACAACGUCGUCUGCGACAAAUUCGGCACAGCAGAGGCAGCGUCGAGCUCACCGCCCUGAUCAGGCGGGCGGCGAUCUGAUCAGGAUGUCGCGUCUGGCGCGGACCGUCACCAUCACCGCCGCCCUGGUGGUGUGCUGUGCCGGUCAGGAGACCAGCACAGCGACCUCUGAAGCCAGCACAGCGGCCUCUGAAACCAGCAGUCCCGCCACCAGUACCAGCGGCAGCAAGAAGCAGGACCCGAGGUUCACCGGCGACCCUCAAAUCGACUGGCAAUUUGACCCCAACUACCCGCGCGAGCUGCGGGGAUACAACAUGACCGGCUACCCGUUCUUCAGCCGCGUACCCAAGAAGAUCAAAUACGACUGCAAGGACCGCAUAGACGGAUUCUAUGCCAACAUCGAGUACAAGUGCCAGGU